AUUUCGAGUUAUUUGAUGACACGGAAAAAAAUCAGGGAAAACGGCUGAAUAAUUCGCGAAGACCAAUGGAUAAAAUGAUUUAGGAAAAAAAAUCUAUCUUGAGCGAAAUCCGACCUCCAAAACCUCCGAUUUCCAUCCAAAACGUCUGCUCUAAUUCCACAAUGGCGUCUCCGAUGGUUUGAUUAAUUUUGAUAGAAAGAAAAUAGAAAAGAAGAAAUGCUGGGCAACUCGAUCUGAUUCAGAAAUGGCGUCCGAUCGACCUUGAUGAAAUUUAGGGUUUGGAUUCAUCGCACAAUUAGGAAUUAGGAUGGAUAGGAUCGAGAAUGGAGCGAUGCGCGAUCAUGCUGCACCAAAUUCACCAUUUUCCGACAGGCACAAGGGCUCUGUUUUCAGCUGCAAUUUUGUCCUCGAUCGCGUUGGAGAGGUUGUUCUCACGCACAAUUCGCACGGUUUGUCUUGGAGAUUGGUUGACUCUUUCCCUAAUGGAGAAGAAAGGGUGCAUUGCUUGGGAUUGAAACUUGUAGCAAAUAGUGAUGCGGAGGUCAAUUUUUCCGACAUCUCUGCUGUUAACUUCAUUGGAUGGGGUUUGAUACACGAGUCUUCUAUUGGCAGUGGCGAUCGGUCUCUUUUAGCACAUUCUUAUGAGAUGUAUCGGUUUACAGUGCAUGCUGUCGGGAAAUCAAAGAGCCAAUCAUCCCUUUGGAUCCCAUCAGUAUACACUUUCGGUCAUAAGGACUUGGAGACUUGCAAGACUUGGGUUAAUCGGAUUAAUUCUGCUCUCAGUGAAGGAGCUGAACGGCCCAAGAACCUUCUGGUUUUUGUUCACCCAAAGAGUGGGAAAGGACACGGAUGCAAAGUAUGGGAAUCGGUUGCUCCGUUGUUUACUCAGUCCAAAGUCAAUACGAAGGUAAUAGUAACGGAGAGGGCUGGACAUGCUCGUGAUACAUUGACUUCGAUUACAAAUAGGGAUCUUGCAUCGUACGAUGGCGUCAUAGCUGUAGGCGGCGAUGGAUUCUUCAGUGAAAUUCUUAAUGGUAUUCUCUUGUCGAGGCAUAAAGCUCCGUACCCGCCGGCUCCUGAGAAUCCGAUGCACUCGGUUGAACGUGACAAAAAUGCUUCACCUAAGGAUGGUGAGAGAAGCAAUCUGGAAUCUCAGAAUCAUAAUGAAGAUGAAUCUCCACUUCUCACGGGCUCUGAGAACAUUGAUCCAAAAUCUCCUAUUUCUGAAGAAGGUCUCGAGUUUUCUUUCCCAAAUGAGAAGUUUCGAUUUGGCAUUAUCCCAGCCGGAUCUACCGAUGCAAUUGCAAUUUGUACGACCGGAGCUCGAGACCCAGUAACGUCAGCUUUGCAUAUCAUCCUUGGGAAAAAGGUGCAGCUUGAUAUCGCUCAACUUGUACGAUGGAGAAAGAAACGAGGAUCGAAAGAAGAAUCCUCUGUACGCUAUGCAGCCUCUUUUGCUGGGUAUGGUUUCUAUGGAGAUGUCAUUACAGAAAGUGAGAAGUAUCGUUGGAUGGGACCUAAGCGAUACGACUAUGCCGGGACGAAGGUUUUCCUUAAACACAAGUCGUACGAGGCAGAGGUGAAUUAUCUGGAAUCCGAAUCGAUGGGUCAAAGUAGCUCGGGCCUUGACAUCGAUGAGCAGAUAACCAGCAGAUGGUGCCUUCCAAGAAAACCCGAUCGUGUGAGCUGUCGAGCUAACUGUGAGGUGUGUAGUGCAAAGUCCGACAGGACAGCAGCGGUUGGAACCCCAAGCACGGCGGGGAAUUUGCAAGGACGGAAAUGGUCUAGGACAAAAGGGCGUUUCCUGAGCGUCGGCGCUGCCGUAAUAUCUUGCCGGAAUGAAAAGGCGCCCGAUGGCCUUGUCGCCGAUGCUCAUCUCUCCGACGGGUACUUGCACUUGAUAUUAGUUAAAGACUGCCCUCAUCCAUUUUAUUUAUGGCACCUUAUUCAGCUCGCGAGGAGAGGCGGGGACCCCCUCGACUUCAACUUUGUCGAACACCAUAAGACACCUGCGUUCACAUUCAUGUCGAUUGGAGAGGAAGGCGUGUGGAAUGUGGAUGGCGAGCUUUUCCGAGCCCAUCGGCUAUCGGCGCAAGUUUUCCGUGGCCUCGUCAGUGUGUUCGCAACGGGUCCCCAGGAGUAGUAGCAAAACAGCUCGAUCCGACAAUGUAGUCGUAAACAUACGAUUCGGGAACUAACUGUACGUAAUUCGAUUCUCCUCUUACAUGUAUUUUAUGGCCGGGUUCGAAACAGGUAAUAAAUGUGGUUGUUGUUGUGGCCGAAAAUCGUCGAUCUUGUCGCCGCCCCGGAGACGGCCGGCGAACUACAAAUGCGUAAGCUUUUAAUUACACCUGUUUAUAGUAUGUGCCGUGGAAUGUUGAACAGCUGAUCUUGCAAAUUUGUUCGACGGAUUUCCUGUUUUAUAUGUAUUUGUCGUAUGUAAUAUGUAUGUAUUUUUAGUCUGGAAGAAAUUUUAGUAGCUUGUUCUUAAAUAUUGGGCCGAUUUUCUGAAGCCCAGAUUGGGCCCAAUAAAACCCAAUUUUCACGUG